AUGGCGACGGCAGAUAACAGCACCUCGGCUUCGGAUCAGCGGCAGGGCUCAGGUUAUGCACUUUGUAGCUCCAGCAAACGGAGGAGGUUAAUUUCAGCAGAAGGUAACGCAUCGAUCUGGAAACUGGCAGACGAUCUCAUCGUAGAGAUUUUGAUCCGCGCCCUCCCUAACCCUAGGUCCGCCUGCCGGUGCAAGCUCGUCUGCAAGCGGUGGAGCUCUCUCAUCUUCGACCCAGUACGGUUCAAUCGCCGUUUCAUUUCUUACCACCGGAGCAGGAACCAACAACCUCCUCUGCUUCUUCACUCAGACGACCCGCAAUCGAUCAUCACGAGCUUUCUCCCUAUGAGCCGUCUAUCCCGUAUGUCCUUUGCAGUAAUGGAUUCUUACAAGGACCUGGUCUUGUGCGGAUUCGAGGAUGUGGGUCCCACCAGCGGCGAAUUGUACAGAACAUACUUCCUCUGCAAUCCGUUUACCAAGGAAUGGCUCGCCCUCCCUUUGGCGCCUGAAUUGCCAGCAGGGUGCCCGUAUUUCUUCACAAGGUUAGUCUGUGAACCCCGCAUGCGUAAUGAUCUCGAUCUAGGAGAUAACCAAGUCUUUGCUUAUUCGUCCGAGUAUCGAUUCCGCGUGGUGCGCCUAUACCCGCGUGGAUCGUCUGCAAAGCUAGACGUGUUCUGUUCGGAUACCGGAGAAUGGACCAAGGAUCGUCUUGUUAUUCCCAAUCAUUACCAAUGCAUAGCCAGAAAUGUGGUUUCCUGCAAUGGGGAGCUGUUCUGGAGUUAUGCUGUUCCGAACCAAGAUAAAGAUGCUGUUUGCCGGUCGAGAGUUUUCAUUGCUGCUUUUAAUCCUUUCCGACCCGACAUCCCUCCCACUGCCAUUGAUGCUCCGGAAGUGUUCUGCAAACCCGGGUGGGAUAUCUCAGUCUCGCAAGGCGCCUUGCACGCCAUUGCAUUUGAAAAUUCACUUCGACCUGAUCAUUCACAGAUUGCAUCGAGUGUUUGGAGACUGGAACAAGACAGUAAGUCUUGGAGGAAAGUAUGUGACGGGCUGCUAAAGAAGUCGAGAUUGUAUGAGCUUCACCACUAUCUUCGGCCAUGUUUGCAUCCAGAGAAGGCGGAAGUUUUCUUCCUCAAACAUCGUGGUGAUGCUGGUGUAGUAUCCGUCUUGUCCUGCGAUUUGAGGACAGGGGGAGAGGUGGAGCUCUUCGCAGAAGCAAGAGUAUUCUUAAGUUAUUGGAACUUGUUCCGAGUUCAAUUCUCUUGCUGGCCUACUUCAAUCCCAAAGUACAAGGAAUUGCGAGUUAUGUACGAUGGAAGCUGCAGCUGUUGGAUUCAGAGCAACAUCGGAACUGAUGGCAACACUCAUUCAAUACUUGGUACUUAUUACUGCUUGCGAUUCAGAGCAACAACGAAACUGACAACAACUCUUCUCAUGUUUCCUUUUGUGGCCUACUUUUUGAUCAUUGUUUACGUUGUUGUUGCUUUGUUUGCUGAACCAACAGAUGGAGCAGGAGGUGCUUGCUGA